GACUCGGAGAGGAGGUUUUCUCGAACGAAGAAGAGGUGAACUGGCACCGCACUACCAAAAAAUCUCCUUUAUCACUUCACUUUUUACUGAAAGAAACACUGCCCAGACCAGACCAUGGCUGGUCAGAUGAUGUGCCACUAUGAGGUGCUUGGUGUGACUACAGAGGCCACUGAUUCAGACCUGAAGAAAUCCUACAGGAAACUAGCUUUAAAAUGGCACCCAGAUAAAAACCCAGCUACAAAGGAAGAAUGCACACAGAAGUUUGCUGUUAUCCAGAAGGCGUUUGAUGUACUCAGCGACCCACAGGAAAGAGCCUGGUACGACAAGCACAAAGAAGCUAUUCUUAAAGGUUAUGGGGACGAUUAUGAAGGAGAUGCUGUCAAUCUGAUGAAGUACUUCACAGCUUCGGCGUAUUCAGGGUUUGAAGAGGGUGAAAAGGGGUUUUACAGAGUGUACACUGAAGCAUUCUCCCUAAUAGCCAAAGAGGAUUUGAAGUAUAUGGCGGACAAAGACGCCGAGAAGGACUUUGACAUACCAGAAUUUGGUGCCUCCGACAGCUCCUACGAUGAGGUGGUGCAUCCUUUUUACGCCUACUGGCAAAGCUACAGUACAUCUCGAUCCUUUGUCUGGAAGGAGACGUAUGACACAAGAGGCGCACCCAACCGGAGAAUUGCCCGACUGAUGGAGAAGGACAACAAGAAGUUGAGGGAUGCGGCAAAGAAGGAGUGGAAUGAGGAAGUCAGGGCACUAGUUUCCUUUGUACGCAAGAGAGACCAAAGAGUUCAGGCUUACAGGAAACUGCUCGAGGAAAAGAAUGCUGAGAGGGCGAGACUGGACGCAGAAAAGAGGAAGAAAGAGAGAAUAGAAAGAGAAAAGCAAUUUGAGGAGUACGCCAAGCAGGGCGCAGAGGUCCGUGCUAAGAUGGAGAAGGACCUGAGAGAGAUGGAAGCAGCUUUACAGGAGGAGUUUGGAGAUGACUCAGGGAGCAGUGUGGCUGAUUCAGGAGAAAACAGCUUUGAUGAAGAGGCUUUGGAGGGUCUGUUUUGUUUAGCGUGCAAUAAGGAAUUCAAGAGUGACAAAGCAUUUGAUAAUCACCAGAAUUCUAAAAAGCACAAGGAGAACGUGGCUCUCCUUAAGGAGCAGAUGGCAGAGGAUGAUGAGAUUGCAGAAGAGAGACAAGAUCAAGAGGUUGAGGAGGAAUGUCUUGAGGAAGAUGCUGAGGUUGAUUCACUACAUGAAGAUACGGAAGAUGAGGAAGACGAAAAACCUGAAACCUUUGAACCCAAGAAAACAAAAUUGUCAAAGAGGGAAAAGAAGAAACGGAAACAGCAACAAGCUGCUGUGAAACCUGCGUCUGUAAAUCAUGAUGAUAUACUGGAAGACUUGCCAUCACAUCUAGCCGAGCAGCUUAAAGUCAAAGAAUCCAAUGGUAGAGUCUCACAUGAAGAGGACAGGACACCAGACGAUGAAAGUAAGACGAACAACGCAAAUGAGUUUGAGAGUGCAGACGGAGUGGAAGAAACAGAAUCAUGUGAGAGACUCAAUGGCUAUGGGGAUAAGAUGGAGGAUGUGGAAGACACAACUGAAGAAACACCUAGUGUGAGACUCAAGGGAAAGAAGGCAAAGGAGGCAAGGAAAGCAGCGAGAGAGAAGUUGGCAUCCCAGGAACAAAACUCACAGGUCCACAACGACGAACCCCUUCUAUGUAACACAUGUAAUAAUGAAUUUCCAACAAGGAAUAAGCUCUUCAACCACAUCAAGACAACAGGGCAUGCAUUGAAAGUUGAAACCAGCAAAAUGAGGGUAGAUACAGGUGAAAAGAGUAAUAGCAAAGGCAAGAAAAAGGGGCGGAAAAAGUAACAUUAUUUAUUGCAUUACAUAUAAUCAUUUAUUUUUUGGGGCUACCUCUAAGUCAGGAUUUUAGCUGGAAAUUUGACUGGGCCAUAAACCUGGGAUCAUUGUAAGACAAAUUUGUUAAGAAUAAAACAAAACUACAUCUAACAUUCUUCAAAGUCUAUAUUUACAAAGUUUAUUGUAUUUCUGUAACUCUUCUUCUGUAUCAUGUGCAUCAGUAACAAUAAAUGAGAAAUGUUAAAAAAAAUAAAUCAAUGUGUCAAUUAUUAUAAUUGUCUUGUAAUCCACUUGCAAGUAGUUUGAGUAAAACAGUUCAAUACUGAUAAAUGCAAGUACACAGCCAAAAUCAUGGGUAUACUUUUUGCGGCAAGGACCACAUUAUAAGCCUGUUUGAGGUAUGGUGCACGUGAUAGAAGUGUUUGGUUUGGGUGUAUACACUGGGUGUAUACACAAAAAUUUACACAAAACUUAUAGUGAUGAGCAUUGUGUCCGCAAUAUCUCAAAACGCAAGUACACAACACAUUCAUCAUUGAACAAACUUGAUAUACAAACAAUUUUGAAAUAAAUGUUUGCAGCAAUGGUUUUCAACCUGUUGUUUAUAACGGUUGCCACAAAAAUCUUUACCCAUAAUCAAGGCUAUGCACCUAAAUUUAUUUGUGAAAAAUAUGGAUCUUUAAACUUAUAGGUGCCUUAUGGCUCUCUUGCUCGUCUCUAAGUAUUCAAAUUUACAACACACUUGUGGGUCAAGAUAUUCAGGCAAAUGAUGGUGAAGAGAAUGCAUUUCUCACUACUGAGUCCCUGUCCAAAACUUCAGCACUGGCUUUGCCUAGGUCAGUCAGUAUGCGCUGUCAGUAUGGGAACUUUAGCGAGGAUGAAGCCUAAGCCAAAGACAUCAUUUCAAAAACCAGUUGAAUUUUAAUAAUGUCUGGUACAAUGACUUGUUUUGUCAAAAGUGAAUGCUCACCAUUUUUAAAUCUUGAACGUAAAAGACGUUUCUAUGUUCAACCGAUAUAAAGACAAGGUUGCGCACAGGUUUAUCCUAUUGACAAAGCCUUGUAUUCAUUUGCUAUGAGGCUUGCCAUAUAUGCCAGGCACUCCAUGCAUGAUGCCAAAACAAUGCAAUUGUAGUAAAUGUGUCCAGAAAAGAAUAUAUUCAUUAAACACAUACAAUUGGACAGCUAUUUAAGACAUAUUGCUCUACAGCUUGCAUUUUCAAUCAAUAAUAUAUAUAUGAAAACUUCCACAUCCAAUGCAGCAUUUAAAAAGUUAUCAGAGUGUUGAGUUUCCUUAGUAAAUUAUGAAUUCAUAAAUGGGUAUCAUGAAAGAGUCUUGACAGUAUGCACAAAGUGCCUGGCAUAUUAUAGUCUCAACCUUUGCUAAACACAUUCAUUACAUGCAUGGCCAAGUUCGCCACAAGGACCAUUUGUUGUAUGGAGGCCAGUAUUGCCUGUCCCCCAACACAUGUUUUUGAUCGUGAGUACCAAUAAAUAUCCUUUGAAUAUUAAUUUUAAGGUUUUUACCCAUAGAAUGAUGCGUGUCAGCACUGUAUACUUUUCUCAAGUCCUGUGAAAAAAAUCACAGGCAUAUCAACCGUGUGGGAAUCGAACCCACAACACUUGCAAUUGUGGGUGCAUUCAUUUAGCUUCCCUGGGUCGACCCCGGUCUGCCCCGGUACUUUCAAAUAGCUUUGACGGGGCUCACCUAUUAUUAUUAUUAUUAUUAUUAUUAUUAUAAUUGUAAAGCAAAUUUAUAAAUUGCUAUCAUUUACAUUCAGGCAUUCAUAAGAUGGAUAAAUUAAUUUGUUUUAAGUUGAUUUAUAUUUCAUGAAAACAUCACUUAACUAUUGUAACCCUUUAGAUACCUUGAGAUUCUAUAAUAAUAAUUUCCAUAAUUCCCAAACAUGGCCAAGACUGUUGAUUACAAAAUAUUCUUUUCAAGAAAACAACACUGAAAAAUAAGUAUGACAUGUUUUUUGUAAUAACAGAGUAUUUGUAAAUUUGUGACCUUUAGAUCUUUUAUGACCCUUAUUUAUUAUUUGAAAGUAGCUUACAUUGUUUUGAGCCUCUUUACACACAGUCUUUUGGUAUCUAAAGGGUUAUAUGACCACAUGAAAAUCUCAUAAAAUAAAAAGUAUACAUAUAUUAUAAUUUUUGAAAAAAAUAAAACUAUUUAAAUAUAAUUUAGAAACACUUUGCAGAACAUAACACAGUGAUGUUCAGUUCACCAAAAAAAUGUAUUUGAAUUAAAAUAUAAAAAAUAAAAUUCUCUUUAAAUUUAAAUGAACGUGGAAUGUUGGGUUUUUCUUUUAACCACAAAUCUUACUAAAAAUUACCAGUCCAAAUAAAAUGAAGUCAAUUACUUGUGGCUUGGACCUCAGGUGAAAAUAGCACAAAUAAUGUUGUUUUAAAGCACCACUAAUAGAUUAAAUAAAAUAUAGCUUUCUUGCAAGUUUUAAAGAAAAACACUUUCUUCAUAUUUUUGCAGAACAAAUUUAAAUAAUUUUUUUUUUAUAGUAGUCCUAUAUGAGAACCAAUUUACAUUUAAAACCCAUACUUUUUAUUUCAAAAACUGGUUUGGGAAAAAUUUGAGAAAUCUCCUGAGCAUGUUGAGAAACAUCAAUCUAUAAACAGCUAUAAAUCUGCUAUUCACAAUUAGAAUAAUUAUCGACUCCUGCUGCAUGUACAAUAAAUAUUGCGCUUGAAGAAAUAAAAUUCAUCCAACACUGGAUUACAUUAUGGCAUUCCUGGGCUUGAUAGAAUAAGAGGCCAUCCAAAGUUUCAGAAUGUUUAUGACAAUACAAAAGAUACAAUUGGCAUUGUAGCUGUUGAAAAGGUAAUUAUAAUAUUGCUAGUAAUUCUGAAAAUAGCUGACACUCCCAAUGAGUGAUGGGUGGUACCAACAAAGUAUUGCACGUCCACUGUGCAAUCGUAAUUUAAGCAUGUUUAGAGGUGGAUGUCUAAGAAAUAAUAUUGAAAACUUUGGAUGACCGUUAAGCCUCAUUCAAAUUAUAUACAAUUGUCGUCAAAUUUUAUUCUUAAAGUGCUCCUCAUUUAUUAGUCUUUGUAUUGAUUUUUGAAUUAAAUUUUGUUAACUGCUCAAGUUCAGAAUCAGUUUGUUAAUGUAGUUUCCCUGGCAACCAAAUAUUUUCAGAGAAUACUAACAUGGUGACCCUAUGGCUUCAAUGGAAUAAUAAAACAGGGUUUCCUCUGUUAAAGGCACUGUACACUAUUGGUAAUUACUUUUAGCAUAACAAGUUACUUGGUAACACUA